ACGGAAUUUGUACAAGUAUUCAAUCCCUUUAACCCGGCAACAGCACCCUUGGUACCAUUAUGUCCUUUGGCACAACAACAACAACAUUUAAUGCCACCAUUACCACUUAAUAUUCUACCGGCUAAUAAUACAGCCGAGGAACGAUCUAAUGAUAAUAUAAAAUUUAUUUUACCUUUCAUGGACAUGGAUGUACAAUAUGAUCGUAAUAUUUAUGUUAUGCAAGAGGAGCAAAAACAACAAAUCUAUAUAUUACAUGGCCAUGAACUGUAUCAAAUGUUUAUUGGACGACAAGAGAAACGUUUAAGUUUGUUGGGUUUUCUAGAAGGAAGUGUACGUCAUGUUGAACCUUUAGGAGCCAAAAUUAUUUAUUGGCAUGGUAAUCUAAUAUUGGUAAUUGCUUUGGAUGAACAUUUAGAGGUUUAUCAAUUGGCAGAGGAGAUUCUCUUGCAGCGUGCAGAAAUUGCAAAAGAUCCUGCUAGGGUGCAUGAACCGGCUCCCAUAUUCGAAGCCAUUCAACAAUUGACUUUAACCGGUAGAUUUCAAAAAUUAUUUUUGUUUUCACCUGCCGAGGAGAGAAUCAUGAUUGUGGCCGCCGUUAAUUUUACCAAGUUGUACGGGAAAUAUAGAACAUUUGAAUGGUUUAAUACUUACUUUGAUCCCAUCGAAGAAAUAACAGUUCCUGCUAUACACGUUGUCAAUGUUGUUGGAGCCUCAACAAAGUACUUAGUCACAGGACGGGCCAUCAAACACCAAAGCAGGACCAUAUUAACAGUUUAUGAAAUAACUCCCUCUACACUGCGCCUGCAAGUCAAACAAACUCUAACAGUACAAUCUCGAAUAGUCCACAUUUUCACAUACCGCCAUCGUAACAUGAUCGUAGCUUGUUCGAGUAAACAAGAGAAAUGCAGUUCUUUUCGUCAAAUGCCCGAUGGUCAUUUUAGUGUUUAUCGACAUCGUACUCCCAAAGAAUUUGCGUUUGAUCUGUUGUCUUCAUCAUCGAGAUUUGUGGGUGCUACGCGUCAAAAUCAAGUAAUGAUAUUUACCAAUCAUCGUUUAGAUUGUUAUGGCAGUUUUGUUUCGGAUCAACUGGAAGUUACUAACCUGUUGGGUCACCAAAAUGCGGAGAAGGAGGAUUAUGUGUUGCUUAUUUAUAAGAGACCUUUUAAAAUGUUAAUGCGUAUAGUAGAGAUGGAGAUUAAUGUCAGGGAUUUAGCAACAGGCAAUCAAUCUGAGCCGGAAGAAACUUUAGCUUCAACUCGCCACCAACACCUGUUUGAAUCUACAAUUGGUGAACUACGCAGUAUACUUUUACAACGUAAAGUGGAUAUGGAUGUUUUACGUAAAGUUUCGCAUAUUAUAAGACCAAAACUGAAAGAUCUUGAAGUGACAGAACGUAUAAUAUUACAUGCUGGCAAUGUGGGUAUUAUCAAAGUAGUUGGUGAAUAUUUAAGAAGUCCUCAGCAGGUGUUGCAAAAAGUUGCAAGCCUAAGGCAAACUUAUCUGCCACAGCGCUCGAAACGUUCAGAUAAUCAGGGACCAUUUAAUAUAACUUUAGAAAUUUCAAAUCGUGUUAAGGUUCAUAGAAUGAAAGUUAAAAAUUUGAUAUAUUCCGGAAAUGUUAUAGAAGGUUUCUCUUUAAAUCGUACCAACUCUCAGCAACAAUUCCUUAAUAUUAAACCCAAGGUAAAAACUCACAAUUUAAAUACCUCCGAACUGUUGCUGCCUCAUAAUGCGCGCGAUACACGUCAACAUUCUAUACCCGAUUUAUUUUUCGAUUUAACUCCUAUUAUACGUGUUAAACAUUUAAAAGUGGACUUCAUUAAUGGCGUUUCUUGGAAUACAUUUUAUAAUUCUUUAUUUUUGAAGAAUCGUGAUAAAUUGAUUCAAGGACGUUUGGUGUUGCAGUCUCAAGUAAAUAUUGACCAUUUAAAAGUGACAGUUUUAAAUGGUUUAACUGUUUCGAAUCUCUUUAAUUUGAAACAUCCUCAAGUUAUUCAUGCCGAUUUGAUGAUAUCACGUUUCUUCGUUCACGAUUUGAAGGCGAAAACAGUGAACGGAUUGGUUUUCGAAGAUGAUAUUGUGUUCAGUGGCAAUGACACGUUUAUUGAGACACCUGUGAUAAUGCAUCAUUUGAGUAUUUCUGGAGAUCUUAUAUUGCCAGAUAAUACAAAGGUUGAGCGACUUGCGAUCAAUCCCGAUGAAAUAGAAUUCAAACAAUUUUACAACAAUAAAGUCAUAAUCAAUGGAAGUUUGAUAGUAAAUAAUCUAAGAAGAGAGAGCAACAAUGAAACUAAAAUCUUAUUAGGCGAAGAGAUAUACGAUGAGCAAGAAAUUAAACAAAAAUAUCUCUUAAAAGAAGAAAACCAGAAUUUCAGUUUCCCCAUAAUAUUUGAUGAGGCCAAGGUAACGGCCCCAUAUUUGGAAAGUAACUAUUUGAAUGAUCACAAAACCGAGCAACAUAUGUUGGUGGAUAAGGUGCAAAAUGAAAAACCUUUAUUGGUAGUUUUCAUGAAUGCCCAUGUCGAGAGGGAUGUUAUAUGUCGUGAUUAUAAAUCUAAAAUAUCGGAAAUUAAAGAAAAUAUCAUACGUCAUGGAGAUAAGGUUAAUAUAACGGGUAUAAAACAAUUUGAGGCACCUAUAACGGUUAUUGAAUUGCAAGCUUUGUCCAUAAAUAAGAAACCUGUAAAAGAUUUUGUAUUCAAAAACCUCUUAAAUGAUAGCGAAACUUUAGAAUUUAAAGAUCAAAAAUCUUUUCUUAAGAUUAAGGUGAAAAAUUCUUCUUAUGUGAAGCAAGAAUUACAGGCUUCCUAUUUGAAUAAUUUGCCGUUGGAAGAUUUACUUAAUUAUGAUUAUUAUAUGGAUCGUUUGUAUGUGCCUCAUAUGGUAGAGACGUCCAAUAUAGUUUUUCAUAAAAUUAAUGGUAUACCAUUUGAUACCUUCUUCACUAAACUUAAUGUUAAGGAAGAACGUUUGGUAUUACAUAAAGAUCUUAUAGUCGAAGGUAAUGUACAAUUUGCAGAAGCUUUGGAAUUGGAAUAUAUUAAUAACGUAUAUUGGAAUGAUUAUGUGGAAAAUUUGGUGCGCAUUAAUGAGAAUGCCGAAAUAGAAGGGGAAGUAUGUUUCCACGAUGAUUUAACUAUAACCAAAGAAUUUGAGACUUUAGAUAUUAACGGUUCAGAUUUGGAAAUAAUUUUAAAAAAUGUUCUUAUGAAAUCCAAACCUCAAUUGAUAACCGGAUUUUAUCAUUUCGAUAAUAUGAAUGUUUCUAAUAUGGAUGUUAUGCGUAUAAAUAAUGUCGAUGUUUUGGAUUUUAUAGAUUUAAGAAAAAAUCUUACCGAAAUCGAGGGUGAUAUUAUAGUUGAACAAUUGAAUAUUGGUGGAAAUUUACAGGGUUAUUUGGAGGAUUACGAAAAAUUAUUAUAUAUAACAGAUAAAGUUAAAGAGUUGUCUUUUAAAUCUUGGAAAAAUUUAUAUAUUAUAAAUAAUGCCAGUUGGCCCUUAACUAUUGGCGAUAAUAGCCAACAGGAACUAUUGAAAUAUUUGUUUAAAAUGGCUGUUAAAUCUAAACAAGAUCAGACCAUAACGGGCAAUGUUAAGAUGUCUAAACCUUUAAUAAGAAAAAUGCAAACCCGUUUAAAAUUUCCUCCCCAUAUAGAUAUUGAUUUUAUCCAGCAAGAUGCUUUGCUUAAGAACUCCUCUUUAAAGCAGUUUAUAAAAGGAGAAAAGGUGUUCCUUAAUUCUCUAUAUCUGGAAAAGUUAGAAGCUAAAGAUUAUGUAAAUGUUAAAUUAUUUAAUAAUAUUGAUAUUUUACGUUUCAAUCACUCACUAUAUCGUUUAAAUAGUCAACUGCCUUUAUUGGGUCCCCUGAAAUUCUUACAACCUCUGAGCAUAGGCCAUUUACAGGUUAACGGUUUAAUUAAUGGUUUAAAUUCUUCCUUAAUAUAUCAGUUAAAGCCUAAUACAUCGGUGCCUAGUUUAAAACUUCAGGAAUUGUUUAUAGAUGCUAAUUUGCAUAUAAAAAAUAUCAAUGAUAUGAGUUUGGAGUAUUUGCUGGAUAAUCGUUUAACCCUUAAGGGGCCGAGUCUAGAACAUUUUGGUGUUUUAAGUUUUGAACAUUUAAUUAUCGAAAAAGAAGCCUUAUUGCAAACAAUCAAUGGCAUAUCAAUCGAUAAUUUAGUAUUUAAACACAGUGCUUAUUUACAAACCAUAACGGGCCAUAAAACCCUAGAAAAAUCUUUAGAACUGGCGGGUCCGGCUCAUAUAAUGCGCAUUAACGAUAAAGAUGUAAUGGAUUUGUAUCGUAACACCCUAAUGAAAGAACAAAACUAUCAAUUUGAAAAUUUAUUAAUCGAUCAAGCAACAUUUGCUAAAGGUUUACAAGUGGUUAGAAAUCUCAACUCAAAUUUCCAACAAAGAUCAUUUUCCGAUAGAGAAGAUAUACCGGGAAAAAAUAAAGAAGAAUUUCUUAGAUUCUUAAAGGAAUUUAAGGGAAAUAUAACAUCAUCAUCAGCAAAAGAUAUUAUAUAUUUGGAUUAUGAUUUAAAUACUUCUAUAAAAUGGCAAGAUAAUCCCAGAUUUAUAGCAAAUAAAUCGGUACUUUAUGAAUUAUCACGUCUAUCCUGUUGUGAAAAAGAAUAUUUGGAAAUUUCUUUGCCACAGAAAAAUCAAAUUUAUUUAAAAAAUAUAACCAGCAAUCGUUUAACGUUAAGCUCUAAGAAAAUUUCGAUUAAAGUUGAAAACUAUUGUAAAUUCCAACAUCGUAAAGUAAAAUCAAAAGUUAGCAUAAGUGGUCAUAAACUAUUGAAAGUCUUUGGCAUGAAACGUCAUAUAGAAAACAUUUAUAUUUUCGAUAACGAUUACGAUAACACUUCAGAACAUUUUGUUUUAUUGCAUGCCUUAGAUUGGCCCUCUUUGAAACGCAAUGAAGUGAGAAUAUUUAAAAUUUCCAUACAAAAUAAUACAAUUAACGAUUGGCAAGGUUUGACACAAAAUAUCGGAGAACAAAUAAAAUUUUAUAAAUUUUUCAAUUUAAAUAUACUCAUCACUAAUGGCCUAAUUGAACAUCACCCGGCUUUAACAAUAUAUCAUUAUAACUUUACUAGUCAGCUGUUUAAAUUACAACAAAUUAUCGAUGGUGAUUAUGAUAUUAUGGAAAUGAUUGAAUUACCCAAUACAGCCUCUACGAAACAGCUGAUCUUAAGCUGUUCUAAAUGUCAACGUAUAUUUAUAUAUGAAUUUAAUAUGCGGCUCGUUAAAUAUGAAAUCUUUCAAAUUAUUUCUUUAAAAUCAUAUAUCGAUAAAUUGGUUAUAUUUUCUUUGCGUCAAGAUUACUAUAUGUUGGUUUUAUCGCAAAAAGAUUCAAAUGUUUAUAAUAUUUAUAAAUAUUCUUAUAUUCAGGGUUGGCGUCAUUUAACCUUUGGCUAUUUUCCAAAUUUACAAAUGUCUAUACCUUUAACCGAUUUUUGGCAUAAAGAUAAUAGUUUAAUUUUAUCGAAUGGUUCCGAUGGUAUACCCUUAAUUAUACUUUGUAAUUUAGAAGAUUGUUAUUUAGUUAAAGCUAUUGUUUAA